CACACACACACACACACACACACACCCUCUUGUGUUUAAAUGCAGGAACUAGAGAAGUCUCUGACUAACUGGACUCAGAACUUGCAAGAACUUCACACCAUGAAGGGCGACUUAACCCGGCACAUUCUCUCGGAGGACGUGAUGGUUUUGAAGGAGCAGAUAGAGCAUUUGCACAGACAAUGGGAGGACCUCUGCCUCAGAGUGGCUACACGCAAACAGGAGAUUGAAGACAGACUCAAUUCAUGGAUCGUGUUCAAUGAAAAAAAUAAAGAGUUGUGUGCUUGGCUGGUCCAGAUGGAAAACAAGGUUCUACAGACCGCAGAUAUUAGCAUUGAAGAAAUGAUUGAAAAGUUGCAGAAGGACUGCAUGGAAGAAAUAAACUUGUUCAGUGAAAACAAGUUACAGCUAAAGCAGAUGGGUGACCAGUUGAUCAAGGCCAGCAGCAAGACAAGAGCAGCUGAGAUCGAUGACAAGCUCAACAAAAUCAACGAUCGCUGGCAACAUCUUUUUGAUGUUAUUGGAUCAAGGGUGAAGAAGCUGAAGGAGACAUUUGCUUUUAUUCAGCAGUUAGACAAAAACAUGAGCAACCUUCGCACCUGGUUGGCUCGCAUCGAGUCUGAGCUUUCGAAGCCGGUUGUUUACGACGUCUGUGACGAUCAGGAAAUCCAGAAGAGGCUCGCUGAGCAGCAGGAUCUGCAGCGAGAUAUCGAACAGCACAGCGCAGGGGUGGAGUCCGUGUUCAACAUUUGUGAUGUCCUUUUGCAUGACUCUGACGCCUGUGCCAACGAGACCGAGUGCGACUCCAUCCAGCAGACCACCAGAAGCCUUGACAGGCGCUGGAGGAACAUUUGUGCCAUGUCAAUGGAGCGGCGCAUGAAAAUCGAAGAGACAUGGCGCCUGUGGCAGAAGUUUUUAGAUGAUUAUUCCCGCUUCGAGGACUGGCUCAAGUCUGCCGAGAGGACAGCAGCCUGCCCCAAUUCCUCUGAGGUGUUGUACACAAAUGCCAAAGAAGAGCUGAAGAGGUUUGAGGCCUUCCAGCGGCAGAUCCACGAGCGGCUCACUCAGCUGGAGCUCAUCAACAAGCAGUACCGGCGGCUGGCGCGGGAGAACCGCACCGACACGGCCAGCAAACUGAAGCAGAUGGUCCACGAGGGCAACCAGCGCUGGGACAACCUCCAGAAGCGGGUGACAGCCAUCCUGCGGAGACUCAGGCAUUUCACCAACCAGAGGGAGGACUUCGAGGGCACCAGGGAGAGCAUUCUGGUGUGGCUCACAGAGAUGGACCUGCAGCUAACCAAUGUGGAGCACUUCUCCGAGAGCGAUGCUGAUGACAAAAUGCGCCAGCUGAAUGGCUUCCAACAGGAAAUUACGUUAAAUACCAACAAGAUCGACCAGCUCAUCGUGUUUGGGGAGCAGCUGAUUCAGAAGAGCGAGCCCCUAGAUGCCGUGCUGAUUGAGGAUGAGCUGGAGGAGCUGCACCGGUACUGCCAGGAGGUGUUCGGCAGGGUCUCUCGCUUCCACCGGCGCCUGACCUCCCACGCUCCGGGUUUGGAAGAUGAAAAGGAAGCCUCUGAGACCGAAACAGACAUGGAAGACCCCAGAGAAAUCCAGACCGACUCUUGGCAUAAAAGGGGAGAGAGCGAGGAACCCUCGUCUCCCCAGUCCCUGUGCCAUCUUGUGCCCCCUGCUCUGAGCCACGAGCGGUCUGGCUGUGAGACCCCUGUCAGUGUGGACUCCAUCCCUCUGGAGUGGGAUCACACAGGUGACGUGGGGGGCUCCUCCUCUCACGAAGAAGAUGAGGAAGGUCCAUACUACAGUGCACUCUCAGAUGUAGAAAUCCCUGAAAAUCCUGAGGCCUAUCUUAAAAUGACCACAAAAACUUUGAAAGCAUCUUCUGGUAAAUCCAUUUCUGAUGGCCACUCGUGGCAUGUUCCUGACAGCCCUUCCCGUCCCAAGCAUCACUACAAACAAAUGGAAGGUGACAGGAAUGUACCACCCAUCCCCUCGGGUUCCAGCACCCCUUACAAAUCAGCCUAUGGAAAGCUGCUAUUACAUCCAGGCACUGAUGGUGGCAAAGAAAGUCCAAGAGUCCUGAAUGGCAGCCCUCAGCAGGAAGACGAGCAUCUGGCCACCCUAACAGGACAGCCAUCAGGUGCCUUCGACAGAUGGGAACUGAUUCAGGCACAAGAGCUUCACAGUAAACUCAGAAUGAAACAAAACAUGCAGCAGCUGAACUCUAAUAUCAGCGCCAUCACUGCUUGGCUGGGAAAAACUGAAGCAGAGCUUGAAACUUUAAAGAUGGCAAAGCCUCCCUCCAACAUCCAGGAAAUGGAACCCAGAGUGAAGAGAUUGCAGGAGAUAUUAAAAGCUUUUGACAACUACAAGGCAUUAAUGGUCUCUGUCAAUGUGAGCGGCAAGGAAUCUCUCCCAACUGAGAGCACCGAAGCCACAGAGCUCCAGAGUAGACUCCGCCAGCUGGGCCUGCGCUGGGAAGCGGUCCAGGGCGCAGUGGACAGCUGGAGAGGGGACCUGCGGCAGUCGCUCAUGCAGUGCCAGGAUUUCCAUGAAUUAAGUCAAAACCUGCUCCUGUGGCUGGCAAGUGCUGAGAACCGGAGGCAGAAGGCUCAUGUCACCACUCCAAAGGCAAACCGCCAGGUCCUCCAGGAGUGCCAGAAAGAACUAAUGCAAUUGAAAAAGGAACUAGUAGAACGUCAGCCUCAAGUCAACUCCCUACAGGAGCUCUCCACCAGCCUUCUCGUUAAGGGGCAUGGAGAAGACUACAUUGAAGCUGAAGAGAAGGUCCAUGUCAUCCAGAAGAAACUCAAACAGUUACGAGAACAAGUAUCCCAAGAUUUAAUGUCCUUACGGGGAAGCCAGAACUCAGACCCAUCUCUGCUCAACUUUGAUGAGGUAGACUCCGGGGACCAGCCUUCUGCAGCAGCCAUGGCAGCUCCCCAAGCGAAGCAGGUCAGAACAGAGAGAACUACAGAAGAUGAGAAUGAGACAGACAGCAGGAUGUCUGGUCCCGGCAGCUCACAGCCACGGCGCUCCUUCCUCUCCAGGGUGAUCAGGGCAGCGCUGCCCCUCCAGCUGCUCCUGCUGCUGCUGCUGCUCCUGGCCUGUCUGCUGCCCUCCUCUGAAGAGGACUACAGCUGCACCCAGGCCAACAACUUCGCCCGCUCUUUCUACCCCAUGCUGCGGUACACCAAUGGGCCUCCCCCAACCUAGAGGGCUCAGCCAUACCACCAGCCUCUUUGCUGUGGGUGCCCAGCUGUGGCCCCAGACCAAUGUGUGAGUGACUCUUAGCACUGGGAAUGUCCAGGGAUCUGCAGUGGACACCCGCCUCUGGGCUUAUCCAGAAUGGGCUCUUGGGGUUCCAGGGCAGCUUUCAAAUGAAGUCCUUCCUUGGGGACAGGGAACUAUUGCAGCAGUUGCCCAGGGCAUUUUGGCAAAGCUAGUUGAUUGGUUGAGGGAACUCUGGAAAGGGCAGUUUUCCUAAGAGUCUCGCACUUUGUAAAUUCUGACUUAUUUGUAAAACAGCAUUAUUAUAACGUAGCUAACGUGGUCCAUGAGCAGUGGUGUUCAUCACAGAAUAUAUAUUAGAGAAACAAGCAGAUCCCACCUUAGAAAUGGUUCCAAAAUUCAUAUGCACUGAGCUGAUUGACUGAAACAAUCAUAUUUUAAAUGUUUAGAAUCAGUUUUCUUCCAAUCAGCUAGUGAUCUUGAGCUACCAGAUAUAAACCAAAAUGUUCAGCUCAGUACCUAGAUCUGCUCUUUUAUAUUGCUUUAAAUUUUUAAAGAAAUUUUAUUGCAUGGAUGUGGUUAUUUGUGCAUAUUUUUUAACAAUGCUGAAUCUAUGAAUAAUGUAAACUUGGAUUUUUUAAAAAUCAGAUUUUAGCUUGAGCUUUUGACUAAUGUACAGUAAACGCCAAACUACAAACUUGAUAGGGAUGUUUUUGUAAGUUAAUUUUAUAAAAAUUUUCAAUGUUUAAAGAGAUGCUUCAGGUUUGGUUGAACCAUUUUGCCAGGGGGGGCGGGGGUUGGUACAGAAACUUGAAGCUGUCUGUGGUAUGUACAACUCAGAUGUUUCUCAUUAAAAAAAAAAAA